CCCACAUUAAAGAGGAACAGGAGGACCCAGAGCCCCCCCACAUCAAAGAGGACCAGGAGGACCUCUGGACCAAUCAGGAGGGAGAGCAGCUUCCAGGGCUGCAGGAGGCUGCUAUCAGGUUCUCAGUCUCUCCUGUAAAAAAAGAAGAUGAUGGAGAGGAAGCUCAGUCCUCUCAGCUUCAUCAAAGACAAACUGAACCGAUGGAGACAGAAGCUGAUGGAGCGCAUUGUGGAGGACCAGAACCAGACAGGAAGUUAGAUCCAGGAAGCGAUCCAGGACCAGAUACUGAUGAGACUGAGUACAGUGAUGAUGGGGAGGAGACUCAGGAACCUCAGUCAGAUGAGAACCCUCUGCUAAACAAAGAAGUCCCUGUAAGGGAUGUGAACUGUAGUCCUGGAACUACAUCAAGCAGCUCGCCUGCAUGUGCUGCACGCUCUGACCACCAGGGACAUCUGGAGAAACCCAGCAGCUCCAAAACAGGAGAGAAAACAGUUCAAUGCUCUGUGUGUGACAAAAUAUUUAGAUUCAAUAACGAUCUAAAGAGACACAUGGCUGUCCACACAGGAGAUAAACCAUUUAGUUGUUCAGUGUGUAGCAAAACAUUUAAACAAAAGGGACACCUGAACGCUCACAUGACUGUCCACACAAGAGUCAAACCAUUUAAAUGCUCUCUUUGUGACAAAAGAUUUGGAUUCAAUAACGAUCUAAAGAGACACAUGGCUGGCCACACAGGAGAGAAACCGUUUAGUUGUUCAGUGUGUAGUAAAACAUUUACACAAAAGGGGCACAUGACCUAUCACAUGACUGUCCACACAGGAGAAAAACCAUUUAAAUGUUCUGUUUGUGAUAAACGAUAUGGAUUAAAUAACGAUCUAAAGAGACACAUGGCUGGCCACACAGGAAAAAAACCAUUUAGUUGUUCUAAAUGUGAUAAAACAUUUCGACAUAAAAGAAACCUGACCUAUCACAUGAAUAUCCACACAGGAGAGAAACCAUUUAGUUGUUCACUUUGUGAUAAAACAUUUUCACAAAAACCCAAUCUGACACGACAUUUAGUUAUCCACACUAGAGAAACUAAGUAGUCGUGGAGUUCCUUCAACAAGAUUAUCUUGUCUCGGUUAUUCCAAACAUCUUUGAAGUAUUCCUGAGAGUCUCUGAAAUAAAUCUGGUGAAACCCUUAAGAACUGUCAGGCUGAUCCAGACUCCAACACAAGUGUCUUCAGCGAAGAU